AGAAAAUAUCUGAUAUAUUGUGAGAGCAUUUGAAAAUAUGUCUGAUUGCGACAAAAUUUUGGUCGAUUGAAAACAUCAAAUAUAAAUAAAUCACAACCGAUUCAGAUUUUACAAAAUUAACUACACUUUUCCAAGCCGGGUGAGAUUUUGAUUUGCAAUGUUAUGUAUAGACUAGCUAGCAGGCGCAGCUUAUACAAUGCAGCGGCACUUCAAGCGGAGGUAACCGGACUGCAGCAGCAUGGAAACCGUCACGAUUUCAACUACAACUUGGAGUCGACAAAGCUGAAUGCCCAAAUUGUUAUCAUUGGUGGUGGGCUGGCGGGCCUGUCAGCUGCGCAGCAUCUCCUGGCCAAUGGAUUUCACAAUACACUCGUGCUGGAGGCAACGGAUCGUUAUGGGGGUCGCAUUAACUCCAAACGUUUCGGCGACACAUAUUGCGAACUGGGUGCAAAGUGGGUUAACAUUGAUGGCUCCCACGACUCCAUGUACGAGCUGUUACGCAAUGCCGAAGGAUUGACCAAAGAGCUCAAACAGCCAACGCGCGUCAGAUAUAUACACGCAGAGGGCGAGGGGCAGCAGAGUAACAUUCCGCCCAGAAUGGUGGAGCUGAUAGACACGCUGUUUCGAGACUUGUGUCGCGGCUACAGGGUACGUGACAAGGUGAAAAGUGGAGGUGAUCUGCACUCGCUGGACAAUGUUAUGAGCUACUUUCAGUCGGAGAGUGAUAAGCUCAUAAGUGCAUCGUUUAAGCUGCCCAGCGAACAGACAAUGGCUCGUGAAAUCUUUCAGUCACUUUUCAAGGAUUUCAGCAGUAUAUUGGGCUGCUGUCUGGAGUAUAUGAAUAUCCAGUACGUGACCAGCUGUCCACUCGAGCAGGAAUCGAAUCCCAUUUACGUGCCCACUGGCCUGGACAAUAUUGUGAAUGAUCUAACACACAACUUGGGCGGCCAGCAGCUGCAGACGGGCAAACCAGUUGGCCAGAUACAAUGGAAAACGCAAACAGAAUGCCAGCUUGUUGGCUGCUUGGAUGGCAGUUUGUACCAUGCUGAUCACAUCAUCUGCACGCUGCCACUGGGUGUGUUGAAGAACUUUUCGGCAGCGCUGUUUAAGCCCAUGCUCCCACUGAAUAAGUUACAAGCCAUACAGAAUCUGGGCUUUGGUAAUCCCGUCAAGAUCUAUCUUUCGUACAAACGGCCUAUCAAUCACUGGCUAAAAUCAAAUUUUCGUCCAUUGGGCUCACUGCUGAAGCCAAUUCAAACGCAAGCCGCUGAUGUCAGCAGCGCUAAUCCGCUGCGUUGCUGGACACAACAGGUUGUGGAAAUAUCUCAGCAGCCGAGCAGCAGGCAUGUUCUAGAAAUACGCGUCGGUGGCGGCUACUAUGAUGAGAUCGAGAAGCUGCCGGAUGCAACGCUGCUGGAGCAGAUAACGAAUCUGUUGCGCCAGUGUCUCUGUAAUCCGCGUAUUCCCUAUCCGCAGGCCAUGUUGCGCUCGAACUGGAAUAGCUCGGCCUGCUAUCUAGGCGGCCGACCCUAUUUCUCCGUCAACAGCAGCGCCCGGGAUGUGCAGAGCUUAGCGGCGCCGCUCGGGGAUGCAGCACCGACGCUGCUCUUUGCCGGCGAUGCGACGGCACUUAACGGCUUUGGCACCAUAGAUGGGGCACGAUCGAGCGGCAUACGCGAGGCGCAGCGCAUCAUUGACUUUUACAACAUGAAGUAUUGCGCCUAAUCUCACACCUGGCAUAUUUCGAUACAAAUUCAGAGGCUGUAGUCCAAAUUAAUAGUUAUAAAUUUGUUAAAUAUUAUUUAAGCACAUUUAUUAAAUAGGAUAGCAUUUAAAAACAUCAACAACAAUAAUAACGAUGAUUUAUUUUCUGAUUAUGCGAA